GCCGCCAAAAUUCAAGUUACAAGAACGCAGGCAGAACGGCGUUGUUGUUUACACGCGUUCAAAAUCCUCGAACUCGCUGUAUUGCGGUUAAAGGUACGACUAAUAUUUAAAAUACAGUGAAUAGUUUCCCAAGGGGGCGGCUUAGAGAUGCACAUCAAGUCAAUCAUCCUCGAAGGGUUCAAAUCCUACGCACAGCGGACUGAGAUAAACGGCUUCGACCCGCUCUUCAACGCCAUCACUGGACUAAACGGUAGCGGCAAGUCGAACAUUUUGGACUCCAUAUGUUUUCUCUUGGGCAUUACCAACCUUACUCACGUUCGAGCCUCCAACCUCCAGGACCUGGUCUACAAGAAUGGACAAGGAGGUAUCACCAAGGCCACCGUGUCCAUCACUUUUGACAACGCCAACAAAAGCCAGAGUCCUUUGGGCUUUGAAACACAUGAUGAGAUCACAGUCACCAGACAGGUUGUCAUCGGUGGCCGAAACAAGUAUCUCAUCAAUGGAGUCAAUGCUAAUAACACCAGAGUGCAGGACUUGUUCUGUUCUGUUGGCCUCAAUGUCAACAACCCCCAUUUUCUCAUCAUGCAGGGAAGGAUCACCAAAGUUCUAAAUAUGAAGCCACCAGAGAUUCUUGCCAUGAUCGAGGAAGCUGCAGGGACUCGGAUGUAUGAGUGCAAGAAGAUAAGUGCCCAGAAGACCAUCGAGAAGAAGGAGGCUAAGCUGAAGGAGAUCCACACCGUUUUGGAUGAAGAAAUUACUCCAACCAUGCAGAAACUUCUUGAGGAGCGAUCGUCGUACCUGGAGUACCAGAAACUGAUGCGAGAGAUCGAGCACUUGUCGCGCCUGUACGUGGCCUGGCAGUUCAUGUGUGCCGAGGAGACCAAAUUGAAGUCCGCAGAGAAUCUGAAAGUGAUGCAGGACAACAUCGCUAAGAUGCAAGCCGCCCUGGCUGAGAACGAGAGCAAAGUCCGUGAGCUCUCUGUACAGAUCCAAGAACUCAAAGACAAACGAGACCAGGAAGUGAACAGCGUUUUAAAAUCUCUGGAAGAUACACUGGCCGAAGUGCAGCGUGUGGACGCGAAAGCUCAGAGUGCUUUCGAUCUGAAAAAACAGAACAUGACGGAUGAAACCAAGAAGCGAGAAGAGCUCGUCGAGGGUAUGCAGGAGGACAAGAAGAUGCUGGUGGUGAAAGAGAAAGAGGUGUCCAAGUUGACGGAGCAGCUUCAGGCUCUAAAGGAGGAAGGCCAGAAGGACGGCGCGGCCCUCGAGGCUGCCGAGCAGCAUUUUAAGGCUGUCUCUGCUGGUCUGUCCACCAAUGAGGAUGGGGAGGAGGCCACGCUGGCCGGUCAGAUGAUGGCCUGUAAGAAUGACAUGAGCAAGGCGGACACUGAAGCCAAACAGGCUCAAAUGACCCUGAAGCACGCCCAGGCUGAACUGAAGACCAAGCAGGCCGAGGUGAAAAAGAUGGAUGGCGGCUACAAGAAGGAUCACGAUAGUCUGCAGGCUAUCAAAAGCAGCAAGGAGAAAUUAGAGGCCGAACUAGCCAAACUCAAAUAUGAAGACGGCAAGGAGGAAAGUUUUCUGGAGAAGAAAAGACAGCUGUCCAGAGAGGUUGCAAGUCUGAAAGAGACAUACGAGCGCCUUGUGUCUCGCUUCCCGAACCUUCGCUUUGAUUACAAAGACCCUGAACGCGGAUGGGACCGCAGUCAAGUGAAAGGACUACUGGCCAACUUGAUUACAGUACGCGACGUCUCCUGCGUGACCGCCUUAGAGGUGGUCGCAGGCGGACGACUUUAUAACAUCGUCGUUGACACGGAGGUGACAGGGAAGAAGCUGCUGGAGAAGGGAGAGCUGCAGCGAAGGUACACCAUCAUUCCCUUGAACAAAAUCUCUGCCAAGACGCUGAGUGACAGAGUGGUCAAUACUGCAAAGAGCCUGGUGGGAGAAGACAAUGUGCACACAGCUCUAUCCCUAGUGGGCUACGAGUCUGACUUGCGCAAAGCCAUGGAGUAUGUGUUUGGCUCCACGCUGGUGUGCGACACUCUGGACAAUGCCAAGAAAGUGGCUUUUGAUAAACAGGUGAUGACCAAGACCGUCACUCUUGGGGGAGACAUCUUCGACCCACAAGGAACUCUGAGUGGAGGAGCUCGUUCGCAGUCUGCAUCAGUCCUGGUCAGCCUGCAGGAGGUGAAGGAGGUUCAGAGCAACUUGAAUGAAAAGGAAGCCCAGUUGAAGGACAUUGAACAACAAUUGGCCAGCUUAAAGGGAACCGCCGAGAAAUAUCGUCAUCUGAAACAGCAGCACGAGUUGAAGGUGGAGGAGGAGCAGAUUUUGCAGGUCAAGCUCCAGCAGAGCUCCUUCCACCAGCAGCAAGAGGAGCUGGAGAGGCUGCGCAAAGCCAUCGAUGAGAGUGAGGAGACUCUGCGUGUCAGCGAAGAGGUGCAGAAGCGGGCAGAGGAGAAGUACAAAGUGCUGGAGAACAAGAUGAAGAAUGCAGAAGCGGAGAGGGAGAAGGAGCUGAAAGCCGCCCAGCAGAAGCUCAACGCAGCCAAGGCCAAAGCAGAUGCCUUCAACAAGAAGCUUAAGCAGAAGCAGCAGGAGUCUGAUGCAGUGGCCUUGGAGCUGGAGGAGCUGCAGCGGGAGCAGACUGGUUAUGAGCAGCAGAUUCAAGCUGUGGACGAGGCCACCAAGGCCAUCAAGGAGCAGAUCGACAGCAUGGCCUGCACUGUGGCGCAGAACAAGGAGGCAGUUCGAAAGGCCCAGGAGGAACUCUCCAAGAAGAAGGAUGCCAUCAUGGCUCAGUUCAAAGAAAUCAAGGGGAAAACCACAGAAGCGGACAAGUUACGAGAGCAGAACAAUGAAGCUCAACUGAAGGUUAAGGAAUUAGAGCACAACAUCAAUAAACACCUGAAAGAGAGCCAGGAUGCAGCAGCCGCGGUCGCUCGGAUGCUGGAGGAGCACGACUGGAUCCAGUCUGAGCGGCAGCACUUCGGGAGGCCCAACUCCUCUUUCGACUUCAAGACCAACAACCCCCGCGAGGCCGGCCAGCGCCUCAAGAAGCUGCAGGAGACCACCAGCAAGCUGGAGAGGAACGUCAACAAGCGGGCCAUGAACAUGCUUAGCGAGGCAGAGGAACGGUACAAUGACUUGAUGAAGAAGAAGCGGAUAGUGGAGAACGACAAGGCCAAGAUCUUGCAGACCAUUGAGGAGCUAGACCAGAAGAAGAAGGUGGCUCUCAAUGUGGCCUGGCAGAAGGUCAACAAGGACUUUGGUUCCAUUUUCUCCACCCUGCUGCCUGGAGCCUCGGCAAAACUCGCUCCUGCGCAAGGUUGCGGCUUCCUGGAUGGUCUGGAGUUCAAGGUCGCCUUAGGGAACAUCUGGAAGGAGAACCUGUCUGAGCUGAGUGGGGGGCAAAGGUCUCUGGUAGCCUUGUCGCUCAUUCUCGCCAUGCUGCUCUUCAAGCCUGCUCCCAUCUACAUCUUAGAUGAGGUGGACGCCGCACUGGACCUCUCGCACACGCAGAACAUCGGGCAGAUGCUGCGAAGCCAUUUUAGACACUCGCAGUUCGUGGUGGUGUCACUCAAGGACGGCAUGUUCACCAAUGCCAACGUCCUCUUCAAGACCAAGUUUGUGGACGGCAUGUCCACAGUGUCGCGCACUGCCCUCAGCCAGAGCGACACCAACCUGCCUCACAAAAGUCACGCACGACAAGGCGUAGCUAAUAGAAGAGGGAAUCAAGUCGCUUGUUAGAUCAGCAUCAUCAUAAACAGUUCAUUGCUCAUUCCUUUUGCUAUCAUCUUUACUGUUCAUUCAUUCUCUGAGAUCUUUGUGAAUAUGUUGAAACUUUUGUUUUAUAUGUUAUUUGCCAUCUGUUUUAAUCCCAAUGCAUAAAUGUAGUAGUUUAGUAAAUAAAAUAUGUACGCUUAUACCUAUUUGAAAAUA